UUCAGCUCGUCCUGAAUGGCGCACACCGCAAAGUCCAAGGCCAAGGGCAUUAGUGCCAGUUCAUUCCUGGACCUCAAGGCUGAGAUUGCGAAGAAGGAAGAGGAAUUCUCUAGGAAGUCGUCCUCUGGUAAGAAAUCGCCCAAGCCGGAAAAGAAACCCACAGUAUGGGCUAGGAAGAACAAGGGGGUCAGCAGUCGUGCUGCAAGAGACAUCGAACUGGAGGCUGUCAGCAAACCUACGCUUGAUUCGGCACGAGCGGCGCUGGAACGCAAGGCGAAGAUAUAUGACAAAUUGAAAAAAGGGAAGAGCGGAGGAUUGAGCGAGAAGCAGUUUGAUGCCCUUUUGGUUGACUUUGACUACAAGCCACCUGAAUGGGAAGACGAUGAAGAUGAUAUCGAUGAAUCGUUAACAGUUCCUCAUGCACCGGAUGACGAAAAUGAUCCUAUUAUCGAGUACGAAGAUGAGUUUGGACGUAUACGGACUGCUCCGCGGUCUGAAGUACCAAGAGAACUCCUCCCUGGCGUCCGUUCAGAAGAGGUAGACGAAGACGAGGACAUAAUCAUCCGCAACCCUGUCAACCACUUCCCAAUAUACACCCCAUCCGCAGACCGUGUCGCCGAAAUCGAGAAAAUGCACGCAGAGGAGAGCAAUCCCCUCGGGGUGCAUUAUGAUGCCACGAGCGAGGUCCGCGCGAAGGGUGCUGGUUUCUAUCAGUUUUCGGGUGAUGAAGAAACACGGCAGAAACAGAUGGAAGAGCUACGGGCGGCACGAGAGAAGACACAAGUUACACGACAAGAACAGGGAGCGGCGGAUGUCAGUGUCGAGGGUAUGGUCGCUAGUGGGAGCAGUACUGGCGAAGGCGUUGGAAAAGGUGUGGAGAAGAGGAAAAGAGAAAUCGAGGAACGGAGAAGGAUGAUUGAAGCUAAACGACGCAAGCUGAAGGGCGAAUCUGCGGUUGUCGAUAACUCGGCAGCAACAACUACAGCGGUUUCCCGCAAAGAUGAUGAAGAAACAGUAAUAUUUGUGGCAGGAGCACCAGAACCCGAGCCCGACAUGACCCCAGAUCCGUUUGCAGCCUUUGAACGUCAGCAAGUUACAGAGAAGAGCCGGAGUAAAGGCAAAGGAAAGAGCAGGUCGGAUGAGGCGGAUGCGUUCCUCGCGUCUCUGGAGAAUGAGAUUCUUCAUAGAAAGAAAGGGAAAUGAUGCUUCUCCACCAACCCAGCGUGUUGGUGUGAUUCCGCUCACAGCCCUUAUGCUGCACAAAGACUUUGACAUCCUUUCGGGGUGGAUCCCGUUG